AGCGGGAAGGCCUUGGCCCUGGUACACAUUGCUUUUAUCUCCAACACAUUCACUCCGGACGAGGAGGAGACGAGGGGAAAAACAUCCAUGCUGUUAAGUCAGGUGCAAGCUCCACGUUUAGAAGAGGUCGGUGCUUUCUGCCUCCUUUUCCUCCUGUUGUGCCAUUUUUGAUUUUCGUGUUCAACUGUUUCUUUCCACAUCUUUUACUAUUUUUUUUACCUGAAUCUCACACCGCCAACACUGCUGUAUUUUUUUUUUAAGAAAGUUGGGUUAGUUUUAUGGUCAGAUGCACGUCCUCCUACCUUCCCUCUGGCCAGAAGCAGCGUUUUGAUUUCCUGCUGAUGUCUACCCCUGCGCAUCAUCUUCUGGUUGACAGUAUCUGAGGAUCGGAGAAGCAUUUUGUAGAGGAAAAGUCCUGUUUUGGAGAAUGAGUUUCUUUGGAUCAUUCUAUCAGCUGUCGAUGUUGCAACUUUCUUGAGGAGCUUGUGAACGAGAAACCUACACAUCAUCUCUCUCUCUCUCUCUCUCUCUCUCUCUCUCUCUCUCUCUCUCCCGCACUUUGAGUGCACAGUUGUACUGGACUUCCUUGGUGCACGGAUCUUCUCAUUAAAUAGAUACGUCAGGAAUUGGUGCCUAUGCAGGGCUUGUCAGCGAAAGUGUGAGGAGGACCAAGUGAGGAACGAAAAGAAAGAAGGAAAAAGGAGCGAAGAGCAAGAACAAGACUGGAAGCGUUCCAAACCUUGUGAACUACCUUCUUUUACCUCCAAGUGUCAGUUUUAAUAAGCUCUAUUAUAGUGGUAUAGUAAAUUAUACACAAGAACUGUGAGCCUGAGACGAGGGUUAAGCAAGGAUUCAGACGGGUUCCAUAGGCGAGUUCGAGAAGAUAAAAGAAGCUAAGUAAGGAGGCGCUUUCUAGCUGCUGAAGAGCCCCUGACUCCUCGUUCAAAAUGAUGAUGUAUUUGUGGGGUAAUCAGGACGCCCCAGCACCCCCAGAAACCAUGGCCCAGCCUUUCCCAUCUGCACAGUUCGCUCCCCCCCAGAACGGCAUUCCUGCUGAGUACACGGCGUCCCACCCCCACCAAACUCCAGACUACCCGGGUCAGACCCCUGUGGCAGAGCACACGCUGAACAUGUAUACCUCUGCGCAGACGCACAGCGAGCCCAGCGGGCAAGACACCAGCGUACAGGCAGUAUCCGGCACAGCCACACAGACAGACGAUUCAGCACAGACAGACAGCCAACAGCAAACACAGAUAUGUGAAAUCACAGAAAACAAAUCGCAACCCAAGAGGCUCCACGUCUCCAACAUCCCCUUCAGGUUCAGAGAUCCAGACCUCAGGCAAAUGUUUGGCCAAUUUGGUAAAAUCUUAGAUGUUGAAAUCAUAUUUAAUGAGCGAGGAUCAAAGAUUUCGUUUCCUCUGUUAAGACUUGUUAAAGCCGAUAGGCCCCUCGCCAAACUCAGUAGCCAUGGUAACAAUAGAUACACACGCGGGCGAUGGCGGCACAUGGUUAACAAUGCCACAGCACGGGUAAUGACAAAUAAAAAGGCCGUCAACCCAUAUGCAAAUGGCUGGAAGUUGAAUCCAGUCGUGGGUGCCGUCUACAGCCCAGAAUUCUAUGCAGUGCCAGGCUUCCCAUACCCAGCAGCCACGGCGGCAGCCGCCUACAGAGGGGCACACUUACGAGGAAGAGGGCGCACCGUCUACAACACGUUUCGGGCAGCCGCGCCUCCCCCACACAUCCCAGCCUAUGGAGGUGUUGUUUACCAGGACGGAUUUUAUGGUGCAGAUAUUUAUGGUGGUUACACUGCCUACCGAUACGCUCAGCCUGCUACUGCUACCGCUGCUGCCUACAGUGACAGUUACGGAAGAGUUUUUGCUGCCGACCCCUACAACCACGCACUUGCUCCAGCAGCCACAUACAGCAUUGGUGCCAUGAAUGCUUUCGCUCCCUUGACUGACGGCAAGACCAGAAGCCACGCCGAAGACGUGGGUCUCGUUCUUUCUUCUUUGCAGGCUAGUAUAUACAGAGGCGGAUACAGUCGUUUCGCGCCAUACUAAAAACCUUUCAAAACCUAUUGAGAAUCUUCCUGUGGGGGUAAAGGAGUUAUUCAGAGGCCUGGGUAUUGCAAUACAUGCAGUAGUGCAUCAUUUUAGCAUCUCUUAAGAGAGAGACGACAAAAACGGAUAUUUUUCAUCUUAUACCUCAGAUAUUUUGUGCUGUGUAUUUUAAUAUUGUGGGUUUUUAAUUUCUAAAGAUUACAUAGAUUGUUGGCUGUAGAGGUUUCUGUGGUGAUCUAGAGAGCUGCUAGAUUUUAAAAAGACGAAACGACAAAAAAACAAAAAGAUACAAAUUGUUAGGGCUUUAUCAUGUAAAUGAGUUAUGUAUGAUAAAUAUUCGAGUCACUAUGGGGGUCAUCAUAUUUUGUAAGAGUGUAAGCGACUAGAGUCGUCCAGUGGUUUCUCCGCUUCGGUUCACAUCGCCUUUUCGUCUCACUUCGGUUGCUUUUAUUUCUGGGUUCUGUGCCAUGUAGAGGAAUAGCAGGGGGUAGGAGUAGAUACAGGCGUCUCUGUGGUGGGUGAAAGACUGGGCUGGCUGUAAAAGUUGCUGUAGGUCCCCGAGCGCAGUGAAGACGCAGAGACCACCGAGGCAUGGAUUAUUUAAGCUGUCUUAUAUCAGUCAUUACUCAAAGCCAAAGGUUAUGUUCCUGGGGUGUUAAAUGUGUAUAUUCAGAUUAUACAUAGCAGCUGGUAGAAACUCCCCAAAAGUUCACCACGACAGUAUUUUACUAUUUAACUCAACUAUUAUCUAGUCUUCAAGUCAGUCCCUUGCUAGUUUAGGCCUACCACAAGACGUUCUUUUUAUAUUACUGUACUUCCAGUACGUCGAUUGAUAUAUAAAUGCUGACUUUUAUAAUACUGGAGAGAUGAAACACGAAAAAAUCUAAAAAAUAAAAGGCGACUGUGGCGCCGAUUAUAUUUUUGUUUUUCUUUUUCUUUUUUUCCAGAAGUAAAGAAACUCUGAUUAUUUGUACAAGACAAGAAUGAAAAAAAAAAUAAACUAACAGUGUAUUAAAUUUGAUCUGUGCAGUGAAAAUGUUCUCUUAUACGAAUAACACAACUGUAUAAUGUUUUAGACUUAGUGUGGUAGACCAACUGUUAGAGAAAGGUGUCUCAUUUUUUAUGGAGUCAUACACAGAUUUAUAUCAACACUUUACAAGUAAUGCAAUCAUUAUGUAGAUAUAAUCAUAGUAUUUUUGUCAACUGUACAAUUUUGCACACACAACCUGCAAUUUUUUCAUCAAUUCUUCUCAAUUGUGGGAUGUUACUUUAUUACAGUACGUCUGGGUUUUUUUUUUGUUCGGUGUUGUUGUUUUGGUUCAGCUUUUAUCGAGUGUUUAGUUUAGUUUUUUUUUUAUGUGACAUCCUUUGUAAUAUUAUUUUCUAGAACACAGCCUUUACACUUUGAAACUGUUUGAUUAUCAAGAAACUGGGAAAUAUAUGACUUGUGAAAAAGAUAUCUAUAUGUAAAUAGGAAUAAUGAUAACUAUGUCAUUUACAAGUGCUACACAAACAAGCUGUCGCGGUGAUCCCGAAGAGUCACAGCUUGGUUGUGCGUAUGCGAAGACUUCCCUUCAUGUUGUUUACAAGUAUACCUAAUUAGAGGUUGGUCACAUAUCUCGUUUUUCCUUUAUUUUGUAUUUAUAAAAGUUUCGAUUGCAUAAAAUACAAACAAAAGAGCGGCUUAAAUUUAUCCGGCUGCAAAUAUCCUCUUGUGUACUGUGUGUGUCACAUCACACGACUUGGCAAAAAUAUCUUACCCACUGCUGUGAUUCUGCUCUUUCUGCUUUCAGUACGUGUUGUGGACAGGCUUUUUCCUUGUCAUUGUAUGUGCAUGAACUAUGAUCUGCAUAACAAUAACCAUCAAUAAAGUUUCUCAAGAUAAGGGGAA